AAGGAGCCAAUGCCCAAUCCCAGGCCAGCCAAGCCCUCAGGCCCUUCCUUGGCCCUCAGCCCAUCCCUGGGACCGUCACCCAGCUGGAGGGCUGCACCCAAGGCCUCAGACUUGCUGGGGACUGGGGGACCGGGAGAGACCUUCCAAGGACGGGACCUCCGAGGUGGGGCCCAUGCCUCCUCCUCAUCCUUGAACCUCAUGCCACCUUCGCAGCUGCAGCUGCCCACAGUGCCCUUAGUCAUGGUGGCACCCUCCAGGGCACAGCUGGGCUCCUCGCCCCACUUGCAGGCACUCCUCCAGGACAGGCCGCAAUUCAUGCACCAGCUCUCAGCGGUGGAGACCCACGCCCGGACCCCUGUGCUGCAGGUGCACCCACUGGAAAGUCCAGCCACGAUCAGUCUUCCGCCACCCUCCGCUGCCACUGGCAUCUUUUCCCUCAAGACCCGACCUGGCCUGCCACCUGGAAUCAGCGUGGCCAGUCUGGAGUGGCUGUCCAGGGAGCCGGCGCUACUGUACACCUUCCCCAGCCCUGGGGCACCCAGGAAGGACAGCACACGUUUGGCCACGCCCCAGGGCUCCUACCCACUGCUGGCAAAUGGCAUCUGCAAGUGGCCUGGAUGUGAGAAAGUCUUUGAGGAGCCAGAGGACUUCUUGAAGCACUGCCAGGCAGAUCAUCUCCUGGAUGAAAAAGGCAAGGCACAGUGUCUCCUCCAGAGGGAGGUGGUGCAGUCUCUGGAGCAGCAGCUGGUACUGGAGAAAGAGAAGCUGGGAGCCAUGCAGGCCCACCUGGCCGGGAAGAUGUCACUGACCAAGGCUCCAUCUGUGGCAUCCUCUGACAAGGGCUCCUGCUGCAUUGUCCCAGUAGCAGGCGGCCCGGGUAGUGCCCUCCCCACCUGGCCCGGCCCUGGGGAGGCCCCCAAUGGCCUGUUUGCUGUACGGAGACACCUCUGGGGCAGCCAUGGAAGCAGUGCAUUCCCAGAGUUCUUCCACAACAUGGACUACUUCAAGUUCCACAACAUGCGGCCUCCUUUCACCUACGCCACUCUCAUCCGCUGGGCCAUCCUAGAGGCGCCCGAGAAGCAGCGGACACUCAACGAGAUCUACCACUGGUUCACACGCAUGUUCGCCUUCUUUAGAAACCACCCUGCCACCUGGAAGAAUGCCAUCCGCCACAACCUGAGCCUGCACAAGUGCUUCGUGCGGGUGGAGAGUGAGAAGGGGGCAGUGUGGACCGUGGAUGAGUUUGAGUUCCGCAAGAAGAGGAGCCAGAGGCCCAGCAGGUGCUCCAACCCCACACCCAGCCCCUGACCUUAAAACCAAGGAAAAAGGGACGGACAGGGGCCAAAGUCGGGGUGGAGGGGGCAGGGGUGACAAGCCCUGUCCCUGUCCACAGAGACCAAGAAAUGAGGUGCCCACUGUCUUGCCUGCCAGGGACCCUGCUUCCCAGUGGACCACUCCUCUUGGAUCACAUCCUCUGCACCAAGGCUGCUCUGAGUGGCACCAGCCCCGGCCCUCGGUCCUCAGCCCACUCCCUGUGGAAGGUUCUCUGGACACACUGAGCCUUCACACACAACCCCACACAUAGCCCACCUCAGUCACUCUCAGAGAGCGUCUCAGGGCUGGAAAAGCCACACAGCCUCAGGUAGCAACCCUGUUGCUCGGACUCAACACCACCACCCAAACACAAAGAGGCUCUCUCCCUCUCCGUCAGCCUCAGAGAUGCAACCACACCAACCAAUAAGCAUACAUGCCCACA